AGAACUAUUCUCUCUCUCUCUGUCUCUCUCUCUCUCAUCAAAAUCAACAAGUGUUUCUUGCAAUGCAGGAUUACCUCAAAACAGUGGUUCCCUCUCAUCUCCUUGCCGAACGAGGCUCCAAUCUUGUCGUCAUCAACCCAGGUUCUGCAAAUAUUAGAAUUGGACUAGCUCAGCAAGACAAUCCAUUGAACAUCCCUCAUUGCAUUGCUCGACGCACUACCCAAGUGCCAAAGAGAAAUGUGCAAGACCAGAUGCUUAAUUCUCAGGUUACCACUGCUCAACACAUGGAGCGUGAGAAGGCCUAUGAUAUUAUUGCAUCGUUGUUGAAGAUUCCAUUCCUAGAUGAGGAGGUUGCAAACAACUCUUUUCCGCGUAAGAUGGGUCGUGUUGAUGGAUAUCCUCCGCAGAAUAAUAGGAAAGAGUCAACCUUCGCUUGGACAGAUGUAUUGGAGAAAAACACCAAUCCAUCUUUGGCCUUGGAAAAUUCAGUAACUAAAGGUGGAACAAGUGAGUCCCCCAACCAACAGGAAGGUACUGCAAGUGGGGAGAUUGCUUCAAGUGAAUGGAAAUAUAGAGAGUAUAUUUGUGGUGAGGAAGCACUAAAAAUAUCCCCCACUGAGCCAUAUUGCUUAAGCCGUCCCAUCCGCAGAGGUCAUCUCAAUAUUUCUCAACAUUAUCCUAUGCAGCAGGUCUUUGAAGACCUGCAUGCUAUUUGGGACUGGAUUUUGAUUGAUAAACUGCAUAUACCUCACAGUGAAAGAAAUAUGUAUUCUGCUAUUCUUGUUGUGCCAGAAACAUUUGAUAAUCGUGAAAUAAAGGAAAUGCUGUCUAUUGUAUUACGGGAUUUGCGCUUUAGCUCAGCUGUAGUACACCAGGAAGGUCUUGCUGCUGUUUUUGGAAAUGGAUUAUCAACAGCUUGCGUUGUGAAUAUGGGUGCUCAGGUGACUUCAGUUAUAUGCAUUGAGGAUGGAGUGGCUCUACCUACUACACAGAUUUCUCUACGUUUUGGUGGAGAGGAUAUAUCAAGAUGCCUGCUCUGGACUCAGAGACACCAUCAAACAUGGCCACCAAUUCGAACAGAUGCUUUGGCAAAGCCCGUAGACUUGUUGAUGCUGAACCGACUAAAAGAGUCCUACUGUCAGAUUAAAGAAGAAGAAGUUGAAGCUGUUGCAGUAGUUCAUUCCUAUGAGGAUGGCAUGCUAACUGGAUCUCAUAAAACAAGGAUGACAGCUCUAAAUGUUCCCCCUAUGGGUCUGUUUUACCCAAUGCUUUUGGUUCCAGAUGUGUAUCCUCCACCUCCCCGUUCUUGGUUUAAUGAUUACGAGGACAUGCUGGAAGAUACAUGGCAUAUGGACUUUCCUAGAAGAACUGACAUAUCAGAUGGCUUUUUUCCUGGCGUUGGCGGUGGAUUACCGAUCUGGGAGAGCUACCCAGUUUUUCAAACAAAACCAAAGAAAGAAGAUAACAUUGGCCUGGCAGAAGCUAUCACGAAAAGCAUUCUUUCAACUGGGCGUAUAGACCUACAGAGAAAAUUGUUUUGUAGCAUUCAACUGAUUGGUGGAGUGGCUUUUACUGGUGGUCUUAUACCUGCAGUGGAGGAGAGAGUUUUGCAUGCAAUUCCCUCAAAUGAAGCAAUCGAUACAGUUGAGGUUUUGCAAUCAAGGACACAUCCAACCUUUGUGUCAUGGAAAGGUGGAGCGAUACUUGGCAUUCUUGAUUUUGGUCGGGAUGCCUGGAUACAUCGGGAGGACUGGAUCUGUAGUGGCAUUCACAUCGGAAGUGGCAGGAAAUACAAGGACUCUUAUUAUCUUCAGUCACAAGCAAUGUGUUACAUAAAUUCCUAAAAGGUGACAACGUUUUUCAAAAUACUUGCUAAAAGCUUACUUCCUUUCCGAAGCCCUGCCUUCAAAGUAAGACUGAUAUGCGUUUGUGCUCCAAUAACAUGAAGCAUUUCACUAAUUGGAAAGAGCACAUAAGAGGUUUCUUCCUGAGUUAAUUCCAAGAGAAACUCAUUCCUUAAACAAAUGGGGGUAGCCCCCCAAACCUGUGGUACUGCUUGCCAGCGCCAAUCUGGACCUAAAACCAGAGCUAAAGAAAAGCAGGAGAAAUGAAGGAAGCUCCAUUACAAGAGAUUGUAAGAGUCACUUCAUUUCAAACCGUGGAUCUUUGACUUUACUUUCCUCCUUUACAAUCCCUCCGAGUGGUGGACUAGAAUGUUCAGAAUCAUCUUCAUAGGAGCAACCGUUAAUUCACUCCUGUACUUAUUCCUGAAAGAAGCGUUUAUCAAUUGGUCUUGGAAGGAGGUAGAUUGGUUGGUUUUCGUGGUUGAAGCACAAAUAGCUUGCUUCCAUACAUACUAGUGCACAGCACCAUUCAUUCUUAGAUUUGAGGUCAUUGUUGACUAAUUUUUCCUUUUUUUUUUUUACACCAUUUGCAGGUUAAGUGACUGGCAACAGAUUGGAGGCCAGAAGAGCAAGUAUUCUUCAAAUGGGUAAGAUUCAAAGGACUUGACUGCACCUUGUUUUGAGGCUUACAGCAAAAGGCAAAUCCGAGGACCCUUUACUAAUAUCAUAGGGGACACUUCCCGGAAGGAAGCCGUGCUCCCAUCAAGCUUUCAAGUAGAUAAAGAAGUUCAGGCCAGUGGCAUCAACUAUGGGCUAUUGGCCUUUUUGAAAGCUUCUCCUUGUCUUUCCUUUCCCCCGCAGUGAGUGUACAGGAUUUAGGGUUUUAGGAACACAAAUUCUAACUUGAGGAGGAUCUUGAGAAUGUUUUGAUAAAAAAUAUGAUUAACAUCCCGAGAAUCGUGAAGCAAAUGCAGAUUAGGUUUCAUCCCGACAAUAUUUUCAUGUAAAAGUUGAGGGUGAGUCUUCUCCUUAAUGGACUUAGAAUGACUUGAGCACCGGAAGGAAAUUUAUUUGAGAGUAAGUUCAUGUUUAAACUUAUAUGUAGUUACUUAAG